AGCAAAAACUGUCAAAAGUAAAAAUAAUGCAAAACCAGAGAAGCCAUGCCCACGUGUUGGUGGUCACAUACCCUGCACAAGGCCACAUCAACCCUCUCAUCCAGUUUGCUAAACGCUUAACCUCCAAAGGAGUGAAAACCACCGUAGCGACCACCCUUUACACCGUCAAGUCCAUCAAUGUAAACAGUACGAUAGCUAUCGAGCCGAUCUCCGAUGGUUUUGAUGAAGGAGGGUUCAACCAAGCUCCAAGUCUACAAGCUUACUUGGAAUCCUUCAAAGCUGCUGGGUCUAAAACAUUGACAGAGCUGAUUAUGAAGCUUUACAACUCGGGGACACCGGUCUGUUGCGUUGCGUACGAUUUGUUGCUGCCUUGGGCUCUUGAUGUAGCUAAAGAUUUCGGUAUUUCUGCAGCUAUGAUGUUGACGAACUCGGCUUCGGUGUGCUCCUUGUAUUGGCAUAACAAUCAAGGUAGCUUGAAUUUGCUUGCGAAACAGGAAACCUUAGCAGCCCCGCCAAUGCCUGGGUUGCCUUUCCUCGACGUAUCUGAUUUGCCAAGUUUUCUUGCUCAGCCGACCAGUCAAUCUGCUUAUUUAGCACUGAUCUUGGAUGUUUUUGGCAAUAGCGAGGAAAAUGAUUGGGUUUUCUGCAACUCUUUCGAAGAGCUCGAAAGUGAGCUGGUCGAGGCUCUGAUGGCAAAAUGGCCCGUGGUAAUGAUUGGUCCCAUGGUGCCGUCAUUCUACUUAGAUUCUCGAAUUGAAGGAGAUACAAGCUAUGGGGCUAGCCUGUGGAACUUUGAUAAUGAUCAGUGUCUCAAAUGGCUGGACUCAAAGCCAUUAAAGUCGGUGGUAUACGUAUCAUUUGGAAGCAUGGCAAGCAUCUCCACUGAACAAUUUCAGGAAAUAGCAUGGGGCUUGAAAGCAAGCAAUAUGCCCUUCCUAUGGGUUGCAAAGGAACUCAAAGACAACCCGCUGCUUGAGCUCAUUGACUCGACCGGAGAAAGGGGGCUAGUUGUUAAAUGGUGCAACCAACUGGAGGUGCUGGCUCACCAAGCAGUAGGCUGCUUCGUAACACAUUGUGGAUGGAACUCAACUCUAGAAGGCUUGAGUCUAGGCGUGCCGAUGGUGUGUGUGCCACAAAGGAGUGACCAGCCUACUAAUGCCAAGUUCUUAGCGCAUGUAUGGAAGGCAGGUGUGAGAGCUAAACAAGACCGAGGGAUCGUCACGAGGGAGGAACUCGGGAAUUGUUUAAGGGAAGUCAUGAUCGGAGAAAGAAGCGGAGAGAUUAAGAGUAACGCAUUGAAAUGGAAAGAGCUUGCUAAAAGAGCUGUUAGUGUAGGUGGGAGCUCAGAUAGGAACAUAGAUGAGUUUAUUGCAAAGCUGCUGAAGCCUGACCAGUAAGUACUAAUGAGAAAAGAAAGAAAAGAGUGUCCAUGAACCGACCUAGGAGUGUGCCGGCCACCACAGGCUGGUAUUUCCGGUACACAUCACUAAUAAAGUUCAUCCAUCAAAUAAACAACAAAUCUGCAGGUAAUCAAGGACAAAUCAGGAAGUCCAUAAUUCUCAAAGUAUAUAUCUUUAUAAUCUAAUAUGCUAAAGGUCAAUUGCAUGUCUUGUAUAAUGUUGGAAAGUUCAAAAACAGUGUAAGGUCGUAUCAUAAGGAUAAGGUUUCACAGAA